AUGCGAGAUGUCAUUGAGCGUGAAGUUACAAUGAGCAUCAUUGCACAACUUCAGCAUCUAAAUCCAGGAUUAACACUUGAUCCUAAUAUGCUAGGAUUCAAUGUUCAUUCUUCAGGAGAAGCCCUUGCUAAUCAACCAAUAAACUAUCAAUCUGUUGGUAGUAACAAUCAAGGUCAGAUUAUAUUUUUUGAUCUGUUGGAUGAUAAGUGUAUAGGCAUCCAGUAUGUGAAAGCAAUCAAGGCGAUUCAAAACUUUGAUCCAGAUUUUGUACCUUUGAGAAAUGUUCAUAUAGUGGAUGUGCCUGAUGAAGAGGUUGGUCGAUUUGAUGGUAUGAAGAUACCUUGGCAUAUAGUGAUUAAGGCUGUUGGAACGGCUGGACAUGGCUCUAAAUUGUAUGAUAAUACUAUUACGGAGAAUUUGAUGAAGAGUAUUGAAGUUAUUACAAAGUUUAGGGAGUCUAAGAUUGAUAUAGUUAAGGUUGGACUGGCUACUAAUUCUGAGGUCAUUUUGGUGAACCUAGUGUUUCUCAAGGCUGGAACUCCUUCCCUAUCUUUGAGUUUUGGCUCACUCUUUUAA